UUUUUAAUUGUUUACGUUCGCUUUCAGCAAAAAGGACGUGAAUUUACCAGAUUUACCUACAAAAUCGGAGAUAUUAUUUUAUUUAGCCUAUAAUUGUGUAAAAUUUAUGUUUUAAUUUACAUGUAGUAUAUUGACAAUACCAUCAUGAGUAGAGACAAGCGAGAGAUCGAGUACCCGGUGGAGCUGGAGUCGCAGUUCGUGCUGCGGCUGCCCGAGGAGCCGGCGCGCGUGCUGCGCGAGGUGGUCAAGUCCGGGGAGAACCUCAAGAACCGCCUCACCAUCCAGAUCGAGAACGACCUGCGCCAGGGCGAGGUGCGCUUCGACCACUGGCUCAUGCACGCCAAGAUCGUGGACCUGCCCACCAUCAUCGAGUCCAUGAAGACCAUCGACAACAAGAGCUUCUACAAGAGCGCCGACAUCUGCCAGAUGAUGAUCUGCAAGAGCGAGCCCGACCAGCCCGCGCCCGAGGAGGAGUCGCCCGCCAAGAACAAGAAGAAGGACCCGUACAAGGUGGACAAGAAGUUCCUGCACCCGCACGGCGUCACGCCGCCCACCAAGAACGUGCGCAAGCGCCGCUUCCGCAAGACGCUCAAGAAGAAGUACGUGGAGGCGCCCGAGAUAGAGAAGGAGGUGAAGCGCCUGCUGCGCGCCGACAACGAGGCCGUCAACGUCACCUGGGAGGUCAUCAAGGAGGAGGAGGACAACCCCAAGCCGGACGCCGGGCCCUCCAAGAACACCAAGGCUGAGAAGAAAGCCAAAGCUGAGAGGAAUGUCAAGAGAGAGUCUAUGUCCAUGUCAAUGUCUUCCAACCCUGAGUCCUCCAAUGUGGUGGACAUCUUUGGAGGAGCAGUCAGUGACAGUGACCUGGAGGAUGACAACAUCAAUGUUGACAUGGAUGACAGUCGCCUGUCAGCCUAUGACAGUAGAAUGUCCGACUCAAACUCCAUGCCGGGCAGAAACACACAAAACAAAGACAUGCCAACACAGUUCAGGCCUGAGAUGUUUCCACCUCGUCAUACACCUAACAAGCCUACUUCAGCUGGCCACAGCAGGUCGGCGACGCCGGCGGGUCACUCGGGGCUGUCCAAGAGCGGCAUGCUGUCCAGCGAGGAGGACAGCGAGUUCCGCGACAGCAACAUGUCCAAGGACAACAUGGAGUUCCGGCUGGAGCAGCUGCGCACGGAGCUGGAGGAGCUCAAGCAGCGCCGCCAGCGCACGCAGCACGAGAUCUCCGGCAUGGAGAACCUGGCGCUGAGGCAGAGGUUCCAGGACAUCCUGCACACGCUCAACCAGGACAUCAUGUACAAGGAGAUGGAGUACCAAGGCCUGCUCACGCUACACAACUCAGACGACAUAUAGCAUUAGGAGAUCACUAGGGUUUAGGUGUAGUUUAGUAUGUUUAUAUUUAAUUAACUACUUAUUAUUAAUGUUGGCUGAAAAUAUAACAUUCAUAAACAAA